AUGAUAGAUACUUUAAAUGAACGAACCUCAAGGCUCAUUUUAAAAGGUCAGCUGUUUAAAUGUGGUAAUGUUGCAAGUAAAAAUGAUGUAGAGAAACUUGAAACUAAAAUCAUACAUGCAAUUGAUCCAAGUAUUGAAAAGGGCAAAUACACUAAAAAGGAUUUAGACAAUAAGUUAGGAUAUUCUUCAUUUGUUAACAAACAUUGUAGAGAAAGAAAGUACAUGUUUCAAAUAAGAAAAUGUAACAAUGCUUUAUGCUGUAAUCCAUCUCGUAGCAAAAUAACUCUACCCUGGCUGCCAGAUCCUGAACUAGAUACUAGUAACAUAGGACAUUACAAGUCUUUUGAAUCAGUUUUAGGUCUUGAUACAACUGAGAAGGACUUACCCAGUACACUAAAUGAUACCGUAGCUCAUAUUGCAGAGCAAGAACAAGGGUGCAAAAACUCAGUUCUUACGGCACAAAACGUACGAGGUAUUAUUGACUGUUAUGAAUGUGGAAAACCACGUUGUAUAUAUGCAAAAAAUAAAUUAAGUCUAAGACAAAAUAGAAGUCUAAAAAGUCUUCGAGACAAAUAUGACUAUUCUUGUGGUUCUGUUAUAACUCCUGAUGGUCAUGCUAUACAAGGUGUCAUAUUCUGUCGUCUACAACUUUCUUGUAUAUCAAAUAUAGAAUUCCCCUAUUAUUCCUCUGGUAUUGGUAGGAGUGAUUUAUGCUGUCAUUGUGCAAAAGAGGGGGCAGAAAGAGACAAAGCACUCUGCAAUUCCUAUAAAAUUGUUUUGCCAGUUUGCAAAGAAUGUUUAGAAAGUGGAAAACAAACCCCCAAACGCCAACCAAAAAACAAAUGAA